AUGUUCGACAUCAAUUGGCAGGGGCUGCUGCUGCCCCUGGCGUAUCUGGUGGUGCUGGUCGGCACAUUCGUCACGUUCUCGACAGUGUACCGCAAGAGGAAAGCCAUCGAGAGCGCCAACCUCGCGCCGUGGUUCGGCCCGCACCUGCAGCGCAACAUCUACCUGUCGCUGCUGCACAUGCAGCCGGAUGAGAACAGCUCGGCGGCCGAGAAGAAGACGCAGCAGAAGAUCCCCGACAGCAUAAUCCGGGCGGCGCUGAUCCAGCGCGCCGUCGAAGACAUCCGCCGCAUCAUCCAGAUCCGCACCGCCAAGCAGGCCUGCAGCUCACUGCUGCAGCGCGGGAGCGUGGGCGACGACUUGUGGCAGCGCUUCCAACGCGCCGAGAAGGAGAUGGAGGAGGAGCUGCGCGAUGUUGUCAUGGAGGCCAACGCCCUCGUCCCUGGCUGGGGUCAAAUCAUCUUCCAAUCCGCCAACGAGAUCGCCGCCAACCGAGCCAUGCGCGAGCGCGUAGAAGAGAUCGAAGCCCAGACCGCGCGCGACAAGGAGUGGUGGGAAAAGCGCCGAACCAACGUCAAGAGCGCGUUCAUGAAGGAGCUUGACGCUGAGGCCGCCGCGGCGGCAGCUGCAGAUACAGCAGCAGCAGCAGGAGCAGCGUCGGCAACACCCUCAAUUGGGGGGCCAGGAUCAGUAGCGGGCUCGGCCGACUCGGAGCCGGUGUUGGUGGAGAAGAAUACCUCGUCGGCGUCGUCUUCGCCUGCGUCUAAGAAGAAGGGCAAGAAAUAG